GUCGAUGGACAUGGUUAUCGUCCUCUUCCUUCUCCUGCCUUUCGUUGGUGCCGAAUGGCAAGUGUGCGGCGGCAGCGGCAACUACACAUCAAACAGCACCUACCAAGCCAACCUCCUGCUCCUCUCCUCCACCCUUCCCAACAAGGCCGUGUCCAACACCACCAGCCUCUUCGCCACCGCCACCACCGGCGAUGCUCUGGACAUCGUCUACGCCCUCGCGCUCUGCCGUGGGGACACCACCGACGCCUCCGACUGCGAGAGCUGCGUGGCUGCCGCCUUCCCUGAUGCCCAGCAGAUCUGCCCCUACAAUAAGGACGCCACCUUGUACUACGAUGCCUGCAUGCUCAGGUUCUCCAACCAUAAUUUUCUUCUUGCCAACAGCACCGAAGAUCAGAAGAGCUGGAUCACCCUCCGGAACAACCUCAACUUCACCAUAGGUGGCGACUCCGCCAAGCACUUGCUGUUGAUGCGUCUCAACAGCACGGCCCAAGCGGCUGCAAACAGCUCGAGGAGGUUCAUCACCUCGCGCUUAGGCGUCGACCUCGUCCCGACGACCGUGUACUGCCUUAUGCAGUGCACGCCCGACCUCACGCCCGACGACUGCGCGGCUUGUUUACAGCUUGUUUUGAAGCAUACGAUCAAGUCCCUAGAUGGAGUGCAAGGUGGUCGAAUUCUCGGGACACGGUGUAGCAUGAGGUACGAGCUAUACCACUUCUACGAAGGGGUCCCCAUGCUUGCAAUUCCGGCCGUCAACGGCACUAGGCCAGCGCCCACGCCCGCUACCAGGUACCCAUAUUCCCAGUCACACCCACCAGCUGCGGCGCCUCCCCGGCUGGCGCAGACGACCAUCCAAGAACAGCAGGGAAAGGAAAACUUAAACGAUCAGGUUGCCACCAAUAGACCAGAAGAAGACGAACUUGUCUGGAGAUUGGAGGAGAAGAGUUCAGAGUUCACUCUCUUUGACUUCUCUGAGAUAUUGCAUGCCACACAUAACUUCUCCAAAGAAAACCUACUUGGACAAGGUGGUUUUGGCCCUGUCUACAAGGGCCAAUUACCAGAUGGAAUGCAAAUCGCAGUCAAAAGGCUUGCCUCACAUUCAGGACAGGGUUUUACAGAAUUCAAAAAUGAAGUUGAACUUAUUGCAAAAUUACAACAUAAUAAUCUUGUCAGGCUCUUGGGAUGCUGCAUUAAGGGAGAGGAAAAACUAUUGGUGUAUGAAUAUUUGCCAAAUAAGAGCUUGGACUUCUUUAUAUUUGGUAUGCACAAAAGAAACAGGACAACUUUUAUUGAUUGGAACAAAAGACGUGUGAUAAUCGAAGGGAUAGCCCAAGGUCUUCUCUAUCUCCACAAGCACUCUCGGCUACGCAUCAUACACAGAGACCUUAAGGCCAGCAACAUUCUCUUGGACCAGGACAUGAAUCCUAAAAUUUCUGAUUUUGGCCUAGCAAAAAUAUUCAGCUCCAAUGAUAGUCAGGGAAGCACAAAGAGGGUAGUAGGAACAUAUGGUUACAUGUCUCCGGAGUAUGCAUCUGAAGGCAUUUACUCAAUCAAAUCAGAUGUGUUCAGCUUUGGCGUGUUACUUCUUGAGAUCCUUAGUGGAAAAAGGAAUUCUGGUUUCUACCAGUACGGAGACUUUCUUAACCUUCUUGGAUAUUCAUGGCAACUCUGGGAAGGACGAACGUGGGUUGAGCUUCUAGAUGCAUCAAUUGUAAAGGAGAUCCAUACAUCAGAUGCUAGGAAGUACAUUAACAUUGCACUGUUGUGUGUACAAGAAAGUGCAGAUGAUCGACCCACCAUGUCAGAUGUCGUUGCAAUGUUAAACAGCGAGAGUGUUAUUCUCCCCGAACCAAAUCAUCCAGGAUACUUCAACCUAAGGGUAUCUAAGACACAUGAAUUUUUUGUCCCAUGUAGUAAUAAUGAUGUAACCAUCACUGAGGAGCCAGAUGGUAGAUAG